AUGCCACCGCUACCUACGCAACGCCCGUAUAUGGAGAUCACCGAGCAGCCACAUCCGAAGGCGCUACGCUUUCGUUACGAGUGCGAAGGUCGUUCAGCCGGAUCGAUUCCUGGUGUUAACACGACGGCCGAUCACAAGACCUUCCCGAGCAUACAGGUGCACGGAUAUCGUGGCAGAGCCGUGGUAGUCGUGUCUUGCGUGGCCAAAGAGGGCCCAAACCAUAAACCUCAUCCACACAAUCUGGUCGGUAAGGAACACUGCAGGAAGGGCGUGUGUACCGUAGAGAUCAACAGUACCACCAUGAGCUACAACUUUAACAACCUCGGCAUCCAGUGCGUUCGGAAAAAGGACGUCGACGAUGCGCUCAAACUACGACAAGAGAUCCGAGUCGAUCCAUUCCGAACUGGAUUUGCUCACGCCAAGGAACCGGGCUCCAUCGAC